AUGUUUAAAAGAGGGAGGGUACUCGUGAUUGCAUUAAACAGUUACUUAUCAGGAGUACACGUGAUUUGUACUUUGAUGAUAAUAUCAGCCUGUACCAAGGUGACGCAAGAACUAAAAAACUCAGCCCUGGAAAGUUUCGAAUUAUUUCUACACCUUCCUCUUCAGUCCUAUUUUCCCGAGCAUGAGGAGCUUUACGAGGAUAUUGUCGUGUUCGAAAGGUAUAUUCACGAACCGGUGUACUUAUCCGCCGGUGGUUUCUUUACGAUUGAUUCUUCUUUGAUUUUUAAGCUGAUGGGAGCUAUUACGUCGUAUCUAAUAAUUUGCCUUGGGUUUGAUAAGGAACUUAUUCAGCAUUUUACCAAACAAGAUAACUCUAGCAUGCUUAUUAACUAG